AUGGAUUCUCCAGCCCCAUAUGCCGAACCUGUGUUCCAGGACGAUGUGGACGUCCUUCAGAGGUUGGGCCUGGUGGGACCAAGGACCUCCAACUUGUCGCACUCUGUUCCUCAGGGAGUCGUCCCCUUCAGGUUGGGAGUCAUCCUCACCCAGCAGGCACGCAUCGAAGUGCCCUCCAGCUCGGUUAUUCCUGUCUCUGUUGGCCCAGACUUGACUCUUGUGUUGAGCGUGUGUUCCCUCCGUGUCAACAGCGCUUUUUUAUUCACCGUCAAGAGCAAAAGGAAGAAAUUGCAAUUGGGGGUUCAGUUUCUGCCCGGCAAGUUGGUUGUCUACGUAGGUCACAAGCGCUCCGUCUAUUUCGAUUACAACGUCCACGACGGGCGGUGGCACAACUUGGCGAUCGAUAUCCGAAGCAGGACAGUCACCUUGGUGACUGCUUGCGGGAAAGAAAAGGUGCACGCAGAUUUGUAUAAUAAAAAAGAGAAGACCUUGGACCCGGAAGGCUCUUUCCUCUUGGGAAGACUCAAUCAACGCUCGGCCCAGUUUGAAGGUGCUCUCUGCCAGUUCGAUAUUUAUCUUUCCACCAAGGCAGCUCACGACUACUGUAAGUAUCUGAAGAAACAAUGCAGACAAUUGGAUGCCUUUCGACUGGACCUCCUCCCAUUUUCCCCGUUGCUGUCCAAAGAACCUAGAACUUCUGAAAUGACCCCAAAACAGGUGGACCUCGCAAUGAUGGGCUUGAUGAACCUGACCACUAUGAACCCACCCUUGACGGUCUUUAAAACCCCCACUUCUCGAAGGGAUAGGAGGUUGCAGGGAGCAUCUACCACUGUUCGAGCUCCUAAAGCACCACCAACCAUGAAGGUGAGGUCCACCGUGGCUUUGUCUCCCUCUCAGACAAUCACAGAAGCGUCGCAACGCAUCCGUAAUCUCCAACAGAAUGCCACCGUGGCACAUCCGACUUCCAGAACAGCUCACCGGACAACCGCCAGAGUUUUAGGUGGGUCUUCCACUGUGGAGAAACCUCUUUGGUCAACCCGUCCAGAUGUUCUGGCCUUCCCAAACUCAACUGUGAACUUUGGCGUGGUUCCAGAUAAGAAAGAGAUUAGGAAAAUGUCCAAAAAGCCGAGUAGCCAAGGACCAACCAUCAGGUCCUCUCGCAUGCCAAGCACCACAAAGCCGAUGAUGAAGAGCAGAAGGAACUCCUCCAGUAACCAUUCUCCAGUCCCCACAAAGGAGAAGUUGGAAAAGGUCACCGAUGGUCCUGCACCAAAGGAGGUCAUGAUCAAACCAGCAACGAAGAAAUCCAGUCCUACCGUGGCUACUCUCUUCUACACCAAACCAGCACUUGGAGGGCCUUAUCCUGUUUAUGAAACACAUGGACAAAAUUCAGAUUACAUCACUCUGGCUGCUGUAGAUGGCUUUCAGGACUUCAACCCCAUGGGUCCCACCUUAUUUCCGUUUGUUAUUGGCCUUCCUGGGUGGAAAGGAGAUCCAGGACCCCCGGGUCCCCCUGGUUUACCUGGGAUCCUGGGCCUUCCUGGCAAGCGAGGACCACGGGGACCUUCUGGCCCUCAUGGUAAUCCUGGCCGCCCUGGACCACCUGGUGCGAAGGGUCAGAAAGGAGACCCUGGAUUAUCACCUGGGAAAGCACGGGAUGGUCAGAAGGGUCACAUGGGCUUACCUGGGUUGGCAGGAUUUCCUGGAUCACCCGGUAGGAAGGGACAGAAAGGCUAUCUCGGUCCAACAGGCCACCCUGGAGAGCCGGGCAGCCGAGGUGCUCAAGGAAACCCAGGAGCCAAAGGUUAUCCUGGCAGGCAGGGAUUACCUGGACCGAUAGGGAAGCCUGGCCCGAAAGGGAGCCAGGGGUACAUUGGUCCACCGGGACUAUUGGGAACGCCAGGGGCUGAUGGGGAAAGAGGAGUCCCCGGAGUUCCUGGGAAGAAGGGCAAGAUCGGUAGGCCGGGUUUUCCGGGUGAGAUGGGGGAACGUGGACCACCAGGUAUUGAUGGAAACCCGGGAGACUUAGGAGCUCUUGGUCCCCCUGGAGUCCCCGGCCUUCUUGGUGAUGUAGGUGUUCUUGGAGAAAUGGGGUUCCCUGGACCAAAAGGACUAAAGGGGUUGAUGGGAAAUCCAGGAGAACAUGGACUGAAAGGUGAUAAGGGUGAGGAAGGGAUGGCAGGCAUUCCUGGAGAAAUUGGUUUCCAAGGGGACAAGGGUAGCCAAGGAUUGCCUGGGAUCCCAGGAUUACGAGGAAAACCAGGCCCAAUGGGAAGAGUUGGUGAAAAAGGCCCAGCUGGAAUUCCAGGUUCACCUGGCCCAGAGGGCUUCCCAGGAAGCAUCGGCCCUCCGGGAGAAAACGGCCCUGAAGGUAUUAAGGGAAAGCCUGGUGCGAGAGGUUUGCCUGGUCCCCGAGGAAUGCCUGGCCAAGAGGGUGAUGAAGGACCACCAGGUCCCUAUGGCCCCCCAGGCGAACAGGGUCCCCCUGGGCAGAAGGGGUUUCCCGGCAAACCAGGCCCAGAAGGUUUAAAGGGUGAACCAGGAAACCGAGGACACCUGGGAAAAAUGGGUGACGAGGGUCUGAUGGGGUUCAUCGGUCCAAUCGGGGAACCCGGCAGCGUUGGGGAGAAGGGAGACCGGGGCACAGUUGGAUCACCUGGGCCGAUAGGCAUCAAGGGGCUGAUGGAUCCUUUUCACGGCAAAUUUAAUGCUUCUACCUACAGAAUCCACUGUGUGGGGGGCUGGGUCACCCCGGAAUAUCAGGAGAAGUUGGGGAUCCUGGCCUCCCCGGACCACCAGAGAUCUGGGAUGAAACGCUCUGGGGAUGAAGCCUGGCGCCGGUGGCAACGUUUUCCAGCUUGCCCUCAACCCAAAAGUUUUGGAAAGUUGGAGACCAAGAAUGUUGAAGACCUUCACAAUUCAGGGAAGACCUUUAAGAAUCUGAAUGGAGGCCAGGGCGCUCGAGGUCCUGAUGGAAUGCCAGGUGAAGCAGGGGCCCAAGGUCCAAAGGGAAAGAUCGGCGAAAUGGGAGAAACCGGAUCUCGUGGCUUCCCUGGCAUCCAAGGAUCUUCUGGACCCCAAGGAGCAAAAGGGCCUCCUGGAGACUUGGGACCCCAAGGCUCGCCAGGCCCACCAGGAAUUUUGGGAGAAAUUGGACAUAAGGGACCUCCUGGUGAAGCAGGACAGCGAGGACUUCCGGGAGAACCUGGCAUGAAGGGUGAUCUUGGUCCACUGGGGAUUCCUGGAGAACAAGGACUGGUUGGUCAACGGGGAGAACCUGGUCUUGAAGGAGACAGUGGCUUAGAGGGACCAGAUGGACUCAAGGGUGACAAAGGACAACCAGGCCCAGACGGGGAACAUGGAGACAAAGGGCAAAGUGGGGACCAAGGGAAAGAAGGCCCUCCUGGCGUUCCUGGAAUCCCAGGGGUCCGAGGUCCAGAAGGAAAACCUGGCCAUCAAGGAGAAAAAGGCAAAGCUGGACUUAAGGGGAGCAAAGGUCAUGAAGGACAACUUGGAGAGACGGGCCCACCUGGACCUACGGGCUCAAGAGGGACCCAAGGCCCCAAAGGAUCGAGAGGUACCCUCGGACCUAGGGGACCUCCUGGCCAAAUGGGUAUCCAAGGAGAGAUGGGAUUAAAAGGCUAUCAGGGACACACAGGCCCACCAGGCUCCAUUGGAUUUCCUGGACCUAAAGGGGAAAAGGGUGAACAAGGUGAUGAUGGGAAGAAGGAAGGACCCCCUGGACCCCCUGGAGAGAGAGGUCCCACCGGCAACAGGGGAGAUCGUGGGGAGUCUGGAGACCCUGGUUAUCCUGGACCGGAAGGAGUUGACGGAGAACGAGGAAAACCUGGGCAGCAAGGUUUGCCUGGACAUCCAGGCCCCUCAGGAACCCCAGGCGUGAAGGGAUCCAAAGGCACUCCGGGUUCUCUUGGCCUGCCAGGCCCCCGAGGGGUCAUUGGGCGAGAGGGACAAGAGGGGACUUCUGGAGUUGACGGGGUUCCUGGAAAAGAUGGCAACCGUGGGCAAAAAGGCGAACAAGGUGAGGAUGGGGAAGAAGGCACUCUGGGAAUGCCAGGGAAAAGAGGGAACCCUGGAGUCCCGGGAUUACCUGGAGCACAAGGCCCCACUGGAUUCAAGGGAGAAAGAGGUUUGUCUGGAGAGAUUGGUCCAUUGGGGAAAAGAGGUUCUCAAGGUGGAAUGGGACUCCCUGGGACCUCCGGUGAUCCAGGGCCCAAAGGACAGCCGGGAGACUUUGGGGAAUCUGGAUUUCCAGGGAUUGCUGGAUUCUUCGGCCCAAAGGGACCACCUGGAGAUCUUGGCUUCAAAGGCAUCCGGGGCCCUAAAGGGCCCCAAGGACUCUGGGGUCAAGAAGGUGUCAUUGGUCCAGUUGGGAUUCCGGGUCCACCAGGAAAUUCUGGUCCUAAAGGAGAGAAAGGCAGCCAAGGUGAAGCGGGUCUCCAAGGUCCAAGGGGUAUCGCAGGGCCCCGAGGACCUCCAGGCCCCCCGGGCCCACCAGGAAUUGAAGCUGCAUUUGGGCAAGAUGACUUCGAUGCAGCUUUCCACUCCAUGUUGACUGCCAGCGCUGCCUUCAGGUCUGAGAGCUACGAACAGAUGGAUCCUCCGGCGAUGGAUCAAGAAGGGGAGAUCUUCAAGACCCUGCACUACCUCAGUGUCCUCAUCCAGAGCAUCAAGAGACCCAUGGGGACCAAGGAAAACCCCACCCGUAUUUGUAAAGACCUCAUGAACUGUGAACAAAAGAUGCAGGAUGGUGUGUACUGGAUGGACCCAAAUCUUGGCUGUUCUUCAGACAGCAUUCAGGUCACCUGCAACUUUGCCCAAGGAGGUCAAACCUGCCUCAACCCUAUCACAACAUCAAAGCUGGACUUCGAUAUUGGAAGAGUACAAAUGAAUUUCCUUCACCUCUUGAGCUCUGAAGUCGUUCAGAACAUCACUAUCCAUUGCUUGAACAUGUCGGUUUGGCCGGAAGGACCGUCUGAAGGGGCCUCUGUAAGCUUCAAGGCCUGGAACGGGCAGCUCUUCGAACGGGGAGGGCAGCUCACGCCGGAUGUUGUGGUGAACCAUUGUAAGAUUCAAGACAGUCAGUGGCAUCACGCUCUCUUUACCUUCCGGACGUACGACAUCCAACGGUUGCCAAUUGUGGGCAUCUAUAACCUUCCACCAAGCAAACCAGGGAAGGAAUAUUUCCUUGAGGUUGGGCCAGUGUGUUUCCUCUAGAAGUCAACUUUCUUGGUGCUCCACCCAUUGGCUUCUUUCAGAAGAGAGGCUGCGUCUUUGGCCAAGAGACUUGGCCACCUGGAGCCAAGAUUUGGGCCUUCAGCACUGGGACCAUGUCAAAUGGGAAAGCCUUUGCAGAUCCAUCAGCCGCUCCAUCUCGGCAUGGGGAGAAAAGGUUUGGAAGAACCCAGGGGACUGAAGCGACUUCAGAGAAGGCCAGUUGAAGUAGACAUAUUCUCCACGCAUGGUUGGACUCUUUCCCUUCAGCCAAAGGAGGAAAGGAAAAAAAAAAGUUGCUUGCAGAAAACCCAAAUCAUUCGUGCAGAUUUUGGGUCACCAAGCAUAACAUUCCGGAACCCAGGUCCUUUUUCCUUUUUUAAAGGUUUUGCUGGACAAGACGGAAAAAUCAACGUUGCCAUCUUCUUAUGUUGAGAUUAUUUUUCAAUCUGCUCACUGUUCUGGAACAGGAAGGAUUUUGAUGUGCAAUAUUAAACAGAGAGAGGAGA